UCCAUCUCGCGCGCUACAUAUACGCGCCCUUUCCCUUCUGCAUUUCACAUCAGUACAUCGCUCAAAACACGACGAGAUGGAGCCCAGACCACUGGCCGCCCUGUGCGUCGUGCUCGCCCUAGUCGUCGCGGCGGCGGCGGCGGUACCAGCAGAGGAGCUCGAAACGGCGGAGGCCAUGUCGUCCUACAUCGUGCACGUGGCGCCGGGGCACGCGCCGAAGCUGCCUCGCCGCGGGCUGCACACCACCCGGGCGUACGCGUCCUUCCUGCGUGCCCACAUCCCCGUGGAGAUGAUGUCCAGCGCAAAACCGAAGGUGCUCUACUCUUACUCGCACGCCGCGGCCGGCUUCGCGGCGCGCCUCACGAGCCGCCAGGCCGAGCACCUCGCGUCCGUGAGCUCCGUUCUCGCCGUCGUGCCGGACACGAUGCACGAGCGGCACACGACCCUGACGCCGUCCUUCCUCGGCCUCUCGGAGUCGUCGGGGCUGCUCCAGGCGUCCAACGGCGCCACGAACGUUGUCAUCGGCGUCAUCGACACCGGCAUAUACCCCAUCGACCGCGCGUCCUUCGCCGCGGACCCGUCGCUGCCGCCGCCGCCCUCCAAGUUCAACGGCAGCUGCGUCUCCACGCCGUCGUUCAACGGCUCCGCCUACUGCAACAACAAGCUAGUCGGCGCCAAGUUCUUCUCCAAGGGGCAGAGAUUCCCGCCUGACGACUCUCCGCUCGACACCAACGGCCAUGGCACACACACGGCCUCCACCGCCGCGGGAUCCGCCGUCGCGGGCGCGGCUUUCUUCGACUACGCCCGAGGGAAAGCCGUCGGAGUCGCCCCUGGCGCCCGCAUUGCGGCGUACAAGGCCUGCUGGGAGGCCGGAUGCGCGAGCAUCGACAUUCUUGCGGCGUUCGACGAGGCCAUCGCCGACGGCGUCGACGUCAUCUCCGUUUCGCUCGGCGCCGUCGGCCAGGCCCCGGAGUUUUAUGACGAUCUGACCGCUGUGGGCGCGUUCAGUGCCGUCCGCAAGGGCAUUGUCGUCUCCGCCUCCGCGGGAAACGCCGGCCCCGGCGAGAAGACGGCGGUCAACAUCGCGCCGUGGAUCUUGACGGUCGGCGCGUCCACCAUCAACCGCGUGUUCCCAGCGGACGCCGUUCUCGGCAACGGCGAGACCUUCACUGGCACUUCGCUCUACGCCGGCAAACCGCUUGGCUCAGCCAAGUUACCCUUGGUCUACGGCGGGGACGUGGGCUCGAACGUGUGUGAGGCUCAGAAGCUCAACGCCACCAAGGUCGCCGGGAAGAUCGUUCUCUGUGACCCCGGCGUCAAUGGCCGGGCGGAGAAAGGAGAGGCCGUCAAGCUCGCAGGUGGCGCCGGGGCAAUCCUCGCGAGCACGGAGGCAUUCGGCGAGCAGGCCAUCAGCAGCCCCCAUAUCAUCGCCGCCACGGCCGUCCCGUUCGCCGCCGCUAAGAAGAUCAAGAAGUACAUAAGCAUGCAAAAAUCCCCUGUCGCGACGAUCAUUUUCCGCGGCACCGUCGUCGGCGGAUCACCUCCUUCCCCUAGAAUGGCAUCCUUCUCCAGCCGCGGCCCGAACAUCCACGCGCCGGAGAUCCUCAAGCCGGACGUCACCGCGCCUGGCGUGGACAUCCUGGCAGCCUGGACCGGCGCCAACUCGCCUACGGAGCUCGAGAGCGACAAGAGACGAGUGAAGUUCAACAUCAUAUCGGGCACGUCCAUGUCGUGCCCGCACGUGAGCGGCAUCGCGGCACUGCUACGGCAGGCGAGGCCCAAGUGGAGCCCCGCCAUGAUCAAAUCCGCCCUCAUGACCACCGCCUACAACAUGGACAACUCCGGUAGCAUCAUCGGGGACAUGUCCACCGGGAAAGCAUCCACGCCGUUCGCCCGCGGGGCCGGACACGUGGACCCGAACCGCGCCGUCGACCCGGGCCUGGUUUACGACGCCGACACCGACGACUACGUCACCUUCCUCUGCGCGCUCGGGUACACGGACGAGCAGGUCGCCAUUAUGACGAGAGACGCGACCAGUUGCUCGACGCGCAACAUGGGUGCCGCCGUGGGAGACCACAACUACCCGGCCUUCGCCGCGACUUUCACCAUCAACAAGUUCGCCGUCAUCAAGCAGCGGCGCACCGUGCGCAACGUCGGGAGCAAUGCCAGGGCCACGUACAGUGCCAAGGUCACCAGCCCUGCCGGCACGCGCGUCACGGUGAAGCCGGAGACCCUGCGGUUCAGCGAGACGAAGGAGAUGCUGGAGUACGAGGUUACCUUCGCGCAGCGGAUGUUUGAUAUUGUGACGGAUAAGCACACGUUUGGGUCGAUCGAGUGGAGCGACGGCGGCGAGCACAAGGUGACGAGCCCUAUCGCCAUUACCUGGCCGGCACUGGCAACCCAACUUUCAGAGAUGUGAUGAUGGGUGUACUUGUGUCGAUAUGUUUUGUCUGAUUCCUUGCAUGUGUUGUUUCUAUAUAUGCCAGCUCCGGUGAUUGGUUCAGAGGAAUAAAAACGGUAUGGACAUUGUCUCCUGCCUCACUUUUUAUGUCA